AAUAAUCACAAGGGUUGUAGUCUUGUAGAGAACCAAAUUUUAGAAAUCAUUGGAAUUAAAUACUUUCAUUCAUCUACUAACAUUCACAAACCUUCCACUAUAACUAUGGUUACUAUUCGUAACUAACUUUUAGAGAUUAUUUGGGAAAAAAAAUACAUUUCUAAAUUCUUGAGAUCCACGAGGUAAAGAGUUAGUAUCACACAAAAGUGAUGACUUUUAGUCGUAGGACUCAUGACUUUUUGGACCAAACAAGCAAAGGAUUUCUCAAAAUGUAUAAUUAAUUGUGCAUCUCAUUUUUCAUUGGUAAGAAAUGUAAGGAGAAACAGGGACAAAAAAGCAUUUUCUAAACGGAUAUUUAGAGUUUAAAAAUAUUAUCAAUCAAAACACUUACUUGAAAACACUAUUCUCUAAGUGUUUUUAUACCAAUCACUUCAAACUCUCUUCAACGAGUAAUACUUGACUAAUAGUUAAGUUACAAUCGAAAAAUACUUAAAGUACAUAUCGGGUAUCACCUAUCUUUGUGUAUUUCACUAACUUGUCCUAUCAUAAGAUGCAAUCUAAAAUGCAGCUGAUUUUUUUUCCAUUUGUAAUUUUGAGUAAAAGGCACUACAUUAGGUAUAUUUACCCAGUCAAAACUAAAAGUGCUCCUAAAUAUAGCCUAAAAUUGCAAAAAUUAUCAAAGUUCAAAUACCUGAAGUCUUGUACUAUAUAUAGCCCAAAGUUUACCCGACUAAUACAGAACAUACACAUACUUGAAACUAGGAUCAAGGAUCCAAAAGUCACACAAGCUUCAAGUUCAAAAGAUUGAAAGUAGAGGGGAAGUAUUUUUGUGGUGUAGAGAAGUGGAGAGACAUGGCAUGGCAUGAGGUGCAACAGUAGAUAGGUGAUUUGAACUUUGAAGUGAUGAAUGGGAAGAUGGAGACAAGCUUUUCCACACUUCACAUGCCUUAAUUACUGUUUUAUCUUUUUAUCAAACACCUCAAGUGCACGUCCCACUAUCAUCAUCAAAUUCCCUCUGUCUCUAUCUCAUUCGCUCUCCCUAAACUGACUAAUAUAAAUUUAUGGCCCAACCUAACUCAGAGAUCACAACCACAAGUACCUAGCAGAUAAAAACAAAUCAUAGAGAGAAAUGGAGAGUCAUUCUUACGAACCUGAAAAAACCGCCAAAGACGUCUCACUGCAGGAACUCAGAGACAGGCUCGCAGAGUUCGCCCGAGUUCGAGGAUGGGAACAAUACCACAGCCCUAGAAACCUGCUCCUAGCACUUGUUGGUGAAGUCGGAGAGCUAUCGGAGAUAUUCCAGUGGAAAGGAGAGGUGGAGAGGGGGCUGCCGAACUGGAGCGCGGCGGAGAGAGAGCAUUUGGAAGAAGAGGUAUCGGAUGUGUUGCUGUAUUUGGUGCGUCUCGCCGAUGUGUGUGGCCUUGAUCUCGGCCAUGCCGCUCUCUCGAAGCUCGUCAAGAAUGCCAACAAGUAUCCUGUUGCCGCUUUCGCUCGCGCGCUGCCAUAAACUUCGCGCCCUUCUCUUUCCUUUUCUCUCUGCUUUUUUCUUAUUUUGUACUCGUUUUUGCUUCGUGUUGAUAUGGACAGAGAACUGCCUCGGUUUACUGAUACUCAUACUGGUCUUUUUGUAAUUUAAAUUUUCUCGUUUUCAAAUUCCUAUGGAUAAAUAAUUCUAGGUUAAAAUAU